AACGAACUCUGAUCGAGCUGUUUUCGAGCGCUGUUGACGUAGGCUACGAAGUAAUCGUUCGUCGCUCGCCUCCUACCAAACGAGUUUUGUCUUGUUUUGCAGACAUAGCGCGAGGACAAUGCUGAAGCUCUGCAUAGCCUGCAGCUCAAAGGUCGCUGCCUCCAGUCGUACCUGCUCUUGCGGUCACGUGUUCUCACCGGAGACCCGCAGGAUUGGUGGGAAACGAUUUUCAGGUUACCGUUUGGGAACAACAAGAAGACAGUCGUUCAGUACUCGUAGGGAAAGACAACCAAAUGGCGGCGUGGUUAGCGAUCCUCUUUCGAGGAAGCGCCUCUGUCACUUUCUACAGGUGCGCAAACCUUCUCUGUAUCAGAACCUUAAAAGUCCCAAAGCUGUGCAGGAAAAAUCAAAGAACCCGCCAGAGAAACCCACCACAAAACGCAAGGGACAUCCGGCAAUAUUCAAAGAAAAUCAGACCAAGGCAAAAGUAAAAAAGAUCGAUCACAUCGUGCGAGUGUUGUCUUCGCCUGAAAGACGUUUGAAGCUUUCGCUAGCAUUAGCUGAGAUCAACAGAAGAUUGACAAGCCAAAUGCUCAUCUGGAAAAUGUUACCGUGUGAAACAGGAUAAAACUUACAUAUCAAAGUUGAGUAGUCUCCUAGGCGGUCAGUCCGAAGGUCCUCGUCACGCAACGGGUCCUAGAGGAGUCGCGCAAUUGCGUGACCACUGGAAACGUUGCGUGACGAACUAAGAUAGAUAACCAACUCGCUACACCUGAGACAUUCAAGGAGCAGCGAGUACAUAAGUUUGUAUAUUAUGUACAAAAUGUUUCCGACAGCCUUUUAUGAUAGUUUACAGAGAGCAUCUAUCGCAGAAAUUUCAGUCAAAGGCAUCCAACGUAAUCAUAGAAUUCGAUUCGAUCAUGGAGGAUAUGCAAACCGCCACCAGUAGCUUCAGGCUGUGCUUGACGAAAAUAUCAAAAACACAUUUUCAACGCAACUGAAUGGAAGAUUCUUAUUUUAAACAUCGUGAUGGACAGAUCUAAAACAUUUUCCUCGCUUUUACAUCCACGCUGCAAACAUUUUUCAAUCAUAGCAUGACACUGUUAUAAGGUUUGCUCUUAAGGAUAUUUCACUUUUUUUGUAAAUUAUAGUUUACUAUGAUGUCAAAUACCGACGUAGCUAGAUUACUGUGGUUGUCUUGGUGUAAAUAAUAAUUAGUGAAACCCCUUUUUGAGGACUUUAAUUAGCACAAAUCAAAUAGUGAAAUCCCGCAUAAAGUCUGGACGGGCUUCUACCUGAAAGCUCCCUACUCUUUUGUGCAGUUGUGGGGACCUACUCUUGUUAAUAAUAGAUACUUUUUUAUUUGUUUUAAUGUACACUGUACAGUGAGUUGAAUAUUGACGUAUUUGUAGGUUUCUUAGGCAGCCCUUGUGAACUUGAGUGCGUCGGAUAAUUACUUCAUAGACCAUUUGGAAAUGGAAAACACCCUAUCUUGAUAUUUCUUGUAAGAUACGAGGACUAUAUACAUUUGUACAUGUAAAACCAUUGAAACCAGAAAAGUUUAUUAUUCAUCAAUAAAUGAAAAUAUCAGUUUAAAGAAAAAAAAUUCUGUAACAAUGGUGCCGGCCCUUUUCGCUGAUAUCGGUGCAAUUUGGUGCAAUUUUUAUCUCCGGAGAGAUAGUGACCUAAAUAUCUCGGAAAUGAU